AUGAGACUCGUCAUGAGCAUCGCCACCGAUCCCCUUGUACCUUUCACGCUUUACGUUUCCCACUCAAUACGCCUCGAAGUACGGGAGGGCCUCAUGUCGCUGGACGUCGCGGUCGCACUAGUGGUCGACUCCUCGCAUGUGCUCGCGUCGGAAUGGCCGUUCAUCUUGUCUGGGUACAUCUUCAACAUGUUGCGGCGGAUCGGCGAAGCAAGCCCCAAAUGCAAGUUUCGAGUCGCCUUCAUCUCGUACGGCACACAGGAGGACGAUCUCAACCAGCGUUUCUUCGAGGAUUUCAGAGCGCUCUCGACGACCCUGGGUGACGUAUCGAAGAUGAACCUCGGGGGGAGUUCGUCAGGUGGAGGGAACGGGCUCGCUGCAUUGGAUGGUCUCGUCGCUGCGAUCGAGCUCUUCGACGAUUAUGCGCGCCAAUCUCAAAACUCAGCUGCUCAUCAUAUAUUUCACGUCGCCGCGGUCAAACCCGAUCAUUCCACGCAUCCACAACGAAAUCGGUCUCCUGAGUUGGACAGCCUCACCUGGGGUACUCUGCCUAGCGAACUAAAGAAGCGCCACAUCAAAUUCAGCUCCAUCUGUCUUAAGAAGGGAUUCGACAAGUUUGGGGAGCUGCACACUGCAAGUUUCGAUGCCUACCGCCUAACACAUGAGCUCAUUUCUAUCAGACUGCUGCCGAGUCCCCUGUGCAACCAUGGUUUCCUGUGCGCACGGGUCACACGGUUCUAUUGUCGGGAUAUCCGGCUAUGCAAGCAUCCGUUCCCAAGGUCACAGGCAUCAAACGCGCCGCCGCUGAGCCUGCUUCCAUGCCCGAAACGAAACGUCCUAAAGCCAAUCCCCCAGUUCCACAAGUGUCGCCACCGAAGAACAUCAACGCAUCGCCGGUCCCAGUGCCGAUGACAGCGCCACCCACAGCUCUACGGAUGAAUGCGCCGGUUGGGCCUCCAGCGGUGCCAGUGGGCGCCGCAGCUCAAGGGCCGGCCGGAUUGGGACCGGGUGCGCCGCUCAUGCAGUCCGGGGUACCGGGAUUGCCACCGUUAUCACCACAGCGAUUGCAGCAGCUGCAGACAUUCAUACGCACAUGCGAGCAACAAAUCCGGACCAUGGAACUGUCGGCGAGCGAAGCCUUGGCCAGGGGCGACCGUGCCGCGGCGGAGGAGAUCAUGGCCCAGGUUGCGGAGAAAAAGAAGUCGUUGCAGCAACUUAUGCAGAAGAUUGUGCAUAACAUGAACCAGAAUCGGUUGCAAGUUGCGCGCUCUAUGCCACCGAAUGGACCCGCCGCGCCGGCCCCGCCUAUGAAUCCGCAGCAGCCGAUGGCAGCGGAGGAGGGGGGCGACUUUCAGAUGCUCGGGCCCGACGCCAAGAACGCGUCGCCGGCGGCAGCCAUGUCGGCGAUGUCCGGCCACAUGCGCUCUGCGAGCAAUGGGCGGAACAUGCCGCCGAUGAACGCAGGGGCGGCGACCAUGAUGGGCAACGCGCCUGGCCCCACGAACCUAACGCAACAGAUGCAGAAAUUGAUGGAGCAGAAAGACCGAGCGCAGCAGACUGGCAUGCAGCCGGGUCCUGCGGGCCCUAACCCGUCACAGCCGCCGCCGCCCCCACCGCAACAUGUACCGGUCUGGCAAGGCCUAAUGACAUGGAGCGGACCCAAUGCAGCCGGUGUUCCUCGUGAGAUCUCGUUAUAUGUCGUGGCCAAGAGUGGGAAUCGGGACACUUGUCACGCCACAACAUGGCCCCAAACGCUGAAGCUCAGCAUGACAGAGUCUGCCGUCAGUGUGCCCGAACUACAAAUGUGGAUGAAACGAUAUAACCCCGUGAUCGUCACAUUUGCACCCAAUCCGCGAGCUUCACAACCGGCUCAAAACGACUUGGGAUAUAAAGCACUCGUCGCUAUCCUCUUGAAACAACAAACAUUUUUCGUCGCCUCAUGGGCGCUCCCAAACAGCAACGGCAAAGAGACGCCCAACGCGCUUUUCUUCCCCUCGCACCAGAUUGGGCUGGCUGGACUGUUUUUCCCUCUGACCGGGAUUCCCGAGAUGCCAAAAACAGUGUCGGGCCAUGUCGUGCCUGUGCCACCGCCCCCGGGCCUUCCACCCGCCACGAACGGUCUCGCGACGUCUGCAGCAGCAGCGGCGGCAGCGGCAGCGUCUCCGCAGACACAGCAGAUUGCACUGCAGAUCCAGCAAAUGCUGUCGGCGCGGGGAGUGGCCAUCUCCGCUGCUUUUGCGAUCCAAGUAGCGUCGUUGCCGGCCCAGCAGCGGGGCGGGUUCAUCACCCGGUACGUCGCUCUCGGCGCCGAACAGCGUCGGAAAGCCGCAGCGGCGGCUGCUGCGGCACAGAACGGCGGACAGAUGGGUCAGCGCCAGCCACCGCAAGGCGAGAAUGCGUUCAACCCCAAUCAGUUUGCGAUGCAGAAUAUGGGCCAGAACCAGCUCCUGGCAGUGGGCCAACAGCAGCAACAGCAGCAGUCCAUGACGCAGCAGCAGCUGGCCCAGUCCGCUGGAAUGGGUCUGGCGAUGGGCCAACAACAGCAGCAGCAGCAGCAG